GCGCAAACGACAAGGCCUUCGAGUAUUUUAAUACGAUGGGUGGAGGUGAACGAUGAGUAUUAGAACUGCACCCGUCUGUCCCCAUUGGCAACCCCACCAAUAGCAACCACCACCUUCUCGCUCCAUCUCCCUUCUUCUUCCUCCAUCUUGUUUCCUGACAAAAAAGCUCUUUCGUUGCUGCUAAGAGCGUACGGAAAUUACUGUUUGAUGGAGUGAGUGGGUGCCUUGAAUCGGCGGCGGAGGGAAGUCGUCACUGCGGGAAGCUUCUCUUCUGGUUGUGAUGAACGGGAGCUGCAGCGACGAGCUCGAGAGGUGCGAGCCCGAGGAGGCCGGGAUCGCGUCCGACGCCAACGAUAGGAGCCUCCGGUCAGGUGGAUCCGGCGAUGACGCCAAACCUGUUCGCUCUUUGGCUCCUUCCUCCUCUUCAGCUCCCUCUCCGAAGAGAAGCCGGCGGGCGGUGGAAAAGCGGGUAGUGACGGUUCCGAUCAGCGACGCGAAGGGCACCGGCGAGGGGGCUCCGCCGGCUGAUUCGUGGGCAUGGCGGAAGUACGGGCAGAAGCCCAUCAAGGGCUCACCUUAUCCCAGGGGUUACUACAGGUGUAGCAGCUCCAAGGGGUGCCCGGCGAGGAAGCAGGUCGAGCGGAGCAGAGUCGACCCGGAUGCGAUCGUGGUUACCUACUCCUUCGACCACAACCACCCAUGGCCCCUCCCCAAGAACCACCACCACAAGCACGCAGCGGCGGCGAUGCAGCAGACUGUCGAGGACCAGCCGCCACCGCAGAACCAGUCCAGCCCGCCGGAGUCCGCGGAGCGUGACGAGAAGUUCUCCGACCUGAUCGCGGAGGAGGAACCGGCGCUCUUGGUCGACGCCCCCGGCGGCGGCUUCCAGUGGUUCGCUGACGUGUGCUCGACGCCCUCGACCUCCCCGUCCGCGGCCGGCUCCUGCGAGCUGCUCUACGGGUCGGUCUUCUUCGCCGGGGACCAGGCCGCGGCCGCGCUGCCGGAGGAGCAGGAGGCCGGCGGCCGGGUGGUGGAAGAGGAGGACUCUUUGUUCGCGGGCCUGGGGGAGCUGCCCGAGUACUCGGUGGUGCUCCGCCGGGGCCUGGCGUCCGCCUCGUGGGUGGGGACCACCGGGUGAGAGUGAGCCCCACCCCACCACAUCCCUUGGCAGCCAGGCCGGCCGUCGAUCCGAUCGAGGGGAGCCCCGUGCGCCGUACGAUUGGCUAAUCUUUCUCGGUAGUCGACGUCUCAAAACUGCCGUCUUCCCGAUAUUUUCUUCCUCCUCCCUUUCAUCCAUGGCUUCAUCAAUAAUAGAUCUCCGUGACAUCGUUUUCACGUGUGGAAAUUUCUCGCCAAGAAAAGGAGAGAAGCAAUUCAAGAUCGCUUCCUCCCCCCCUCCUCCUCCUCGUGCUCAUCGCCGGACUCCAUCGUCGUCGCGCGUGUCGGCACGCCAUCUCUGUGCGUGCGUGCGUGCGUCACCCGGCACACCAAAUUCGCCGAUUGGAUGGACCACACCAGGCGACAAAUGAGACAUCAAUCUCCAAGUAGGGGCCACGAUUGCAUGUGUUGGGUAGCCUUUUACCAGGGCGACGGUUUUGUUCUCACGUUGAACGGAUGAGUUUCUAUGAUUGCUUUCGUUGCUUUCCAUUCCGCCGACCGCAGCAUAUGUUCGGAGUGCAUACCAUCUGUUUGAAUCAAUGCCUCUUCCAUAUAUAGUCGAGGAGGUGCAGGUUUGUCCGGCUUCCAUUUAUCUC